AUGAGGUUGUUCAGCCGGAGCCUGUGCGGUGAGGCCCUGGAAUGGUUCACGUCGCACGAGACUCGACAAUGGCCCAGUUGGAGUGCACUGGCUAAAGAUUUCAUGGACAGAUAUGCAUACAACGUCGAGAUAGUCCCUGAUCGGUACUCCUUGGAGAAGAUUAAGCAGAAGCCCACAGAAAGCUAUCGAGAGUUCGCGUACAGGUGGAGGAGAGAGGCAGCGAGGGUGAGGCCUCCGAUGACAGAGAAAGAGAUUGUAGAGGUAUUCGUGCGGGUGCAGGAGCCCGAGUAUUAUGACAGAGUCAUCUUAUUAAUCGGCGCCAAGUUCGCCGAGAUAGUCAAAGUGGGUGAGACUAUCGAAGAUGGCCUGAAGUCGGGAAAGAUAGCCCGAGUGUCUGCGUCGCCUGGAUCUUCCGGACUUGUGAGGAAGAAGAGAGAGGAGGUUGCUGCUAUCUCAUACGGGGGAAGAAAGGUCCCCAGGAAUUUACCACGUCCCCAAAACGGCUCCAACCCUCCAUCAAAGCCUCAUCAAGCCCACCGUCCACAAUCAAAUCAUUCCGGCCACUACAAUCCUGCCCCCACUUAUCCAGAUGCCAAGAUUUUAUCCUAUCAGAAUCCACCCCCAAUUCCCCAAAAUUUUCCCUCCCUCCCAGCUGCGCUAAUGUACAGCCAAGCUAUCGAGCACCGUCCCCCGCGUAUCAAAUACAAACCCCAGCAUAUCAAAGCCCCCAUCCAAAUUACCAAGCCCCAAUGCCAAACUAUCAAACAAAUCCCUACCCCAGAACCCAAGCUCCACGACCAAACACCCGCAGUUACCAACAAGUCCCCCCCCCCUCAGCAGAGCGGGUAUGAUCCCCCUCGCCCCAGGUUUGAGAAGAAGCCCUCCAGAAGCUUCACCGCGUUGGCUGAAAGCAGAACCAAGCUGUUCGAAAGAUUGUCUGCGGCCGGAUACAUCCACCCUGUGGGGCCCAAGCCCGUGGAUGUCAACUCCAGAUUCUACAGACCAGAGCAGAGAUGUGCUUAUCAUUUCAACUGUGUUGGACAUGAUACCGAAGAUUGUAUUAAUCUCAAGCACAAGAUCCAGGACUUGAUCGACCAAGAAGUGGUCUCCCUUCAGCCUGCGGCGCCGAACGUCAACACCAAUCCAUUGCCAAAUCAUGGGGGUGGAAACACCAACAUGAUAGAAACAGACGAAGAUGAGCGUGAGGCUAAGAGGAUUACUUCUGUUGUUCAGGAAGACUUGGAAAAGGCUGUCGCUUCUUUAAGCAUCAAGGAAAAGGGAGAGUUCGUCAUUCUGACACCUGCAAAGGCUGUUGCCUUGGUGCCCUCAAAGACUCUCGCCAAACCCAAGUUUGUGAUAGAAACGGCCGCGGCUCAAGGCAUGACUAGAUCUGGCAGAUGUUACACUCCUGACGAGCUUGCUCUCGGAGGACAAAAGAAAGAUCAUGCUAAGAGACCCAUAAGUGAAGCAGAAGCCGAGGAGUUCUGGAGAAGAAUGCAGCCUAAAGACUACUCCAUCGUUAAGCACUUGGAGAAGACUCCAGCCCAGAUUUCUGUGUGGGCCCUGCUGAUGAGCUCCUGGUCCCACAGACAGGCUUUGAUGAAGGCCUUGGAUGACACAUAUGUGCCCUCGGGUACGAGCAGCGAAAAUGUAGCUGCUAUGAUUCACCAACUCAUUCGGGGACACCGCAUCAGUUUCUGCGAUGAUGAAUUGCCGGCCGAAGGGAGGGCCCAUAACAAAGCUCUUCACAUCACCGUGAUAUGCCGCGGAAAGGUCAUCAACCGCGUUUUGGUAGACGAUGGAUCUGGUUUGAACAUAUGCCCCCUGUCCACACUGAAGCAGCUGAGGUAUGACCUCGGCAAGUUGGAGCAAAACCAGGUCAAUGUGAGAGCAUUCGACGGUGUGCAGAGAGACACGUUAGGAGCGGUGAACUUGACCAUCCAGAUGGGCCCCGCGGAGUUCGAGGCAAAGUUCCAGGUGUUGGAUAUCGACACCAGCUAUAACCUCCUUUUGGGAAGGCCAUUCAUUCACCUGGCUGGAGCCGUCCCCUCCACUCUCCACCAAAUGAUGAAACUGGUGUGGAAAAAUGAAGAACUGGUUAUUCAUGGUGAAAAGGGCCACUCAGGAAAGCAGGUGCCGGUCUUGGACGAGACGCCGCAAGGUUCGGACUUCUACACGGUGGAGUAG